GCUACCUAAACUUAUUCUAGAAGAUUUGAGGUUUCAUAAUUACAUACGAAUGUCUGCAACUCAAUUUGAAAAUUUGACACUUUUAAUUGGAGCAGAUAUAUUUAAGCAACAUCACAUUAGGGAACCUAUAGAUGUUGCUGAGCGUUUAUUAAUGACAUUAAGGUAUCUUGCUUCUGGCGAUUCUAUUUCUUCGAUAUGUUACCAGUAUUUAGUUGGUCUGACUACUGCUGCAAACAUUAUCUCAGAAACAUGUCAAGCUUUAUGGAACAAUUUAUCAUCUAUAGUAUUACCUGCAGAUUUGAGUGAAGACAAAUGGCUAACAGUAGCAAAUAAUUUCGCGGAUAAAUGGAACUUUCCACACUGUAUAGGUGCCAUCGACGGUAAACAUAUAAUUAUUCAAUGUCCAGCCAAAGCAGGAUCGUCUUACUACAAUUAUAAAGGAAGUCAUAGUGUGGUUCUUCUGGCUAUAUGUGAUGCCAAUUAUAUUUUUCAAUUUGUUGAUAUUGGAGCUUAUGGGCGAAGGAGCGAUGGAGGAAUCUUUAAGGAAAGCGUAUUUGGUCAGAAAUUUGAAAAUAAUGAAAUGAAGCUACCAAAGCCUGCACCAAUUUCUGAAAAUGGAGACAAUCUGCCAUAUUGUUUAGUGGGAGAUGAAGCUUUCCCACUAAAAACGUAUUUAUUAAGACCGUACCCGGGCAAACAAAAUACUGAAUACGAAAAACGCGUAUUCAAUUAUCGAUUAUCAAGGGCUAGAAGAACAAUUGAAAAUAGUUUUGGUAUUCUAGCAAAUAGGUGGCGGAUUUUUAGAAAACCUAUUAUUCUAAGUGUUGAUAAUACAAUGAAAAUUGUGCAAGCAACCGUAUGCCUCCACAAUUGGUUACGCAUGGCAGACCUUAAUGAAGAAGAAAAUAUUCAAUAUGUAACACCAGAAUUAAUUGACAGACAGAACGAAAACGGUUUCGUACCAGGAAGUUGGAGAGCAGAUAUGGAGACCUUAAGUGGCAUGGCAGAUAUAACUCGCUCAGGAAACAACUCCAGUACUCGACAAGCAGCAGAAGUCCGAGAAAAAUUUCUUUAUUAUUUUAACAACGAUGGAGCUGUAGAUUGGCAAUAUGCUUACAUGUAACUAGAUUAAAAAGCGAUCAUACUGUAAAAAUA